AUGUUCCAACCAAAUGAUGACCCGAUCGUCAUAUUACCUCUUUUCAAGAAAACAGCGUCAACAGAUUGGUUCGAAAAUUCCGAAAUGCAAUUUCAAUUGCGAAACGGGAUGUGUACAACAACAAGAUUCUAUAACGUAAUAAUUACCUUGCCGUUGGAUAUAGUUUCAAAUUUGUCAUUAAAAGUGCAAAGAGGAACAGAUUACGACGUUCUAAAAGCAGAGUUAUUAUCAACGUUCAAACAAACCAAACCAGAGCAAUUCCAAGUGCAAAGAGAAACAGAUUACGACGUUCUAAAAGCAGAGUUAUUAUCAACGUUCAAACAAACCAAACCAGAGCAAUUCAAAGAAAAAGAACCUUUUAAAAUAAAUUUGAAUCUGAUGAAUGUAAACAAAAUUGAAAAGAGGCAGCCACCAGAAGAGUCCAAUAAAAUAAAACAACAUCAGACACAAAAUCUACUGAAACACCAGAAACAGAAACACCAAUAUCAGGCGCAACAACAACACAAGAAGCAAGACCAACGUCAACCACAUCGGAAUCAACAACCCAACACUCCAGAAAAGGGGGGCGAAUAA